AUGAAUUCUAAAAAGAAAACUUCCAUAGUUUGGGACUUUUUUACUAUCAUAGAUGAUGCUCGAGCAAAAUGUAAUAUGUGCAGUCAAGUAUUAUCAUACAAAACAAGUGUUACUAACUUACGUCAACACGUGCAAAGAAAACAUCCAUCCAUUACAUUUAAUGAAUCAGUUCAAUCUAAAACUAAAAAUCAAGGUAGCGUACCAAAUGACAAUGACGAAACUGGUGAGGUGAUGAAACAAAUAUCUGAUACUGAAAUUCCAAGUACCAGUGGCGCUUGUUUACAAAUGCCAAAGAAAAGGAAGUUGUUACAGUCCCAACUUCAAGUGACUAAAAAGGUAAACUUAACACAAAAAAAAAUUAUUGACGCCAAACUUCUAAACUUAAUUGUUAAAGACAUGCAACCUUUCUCCAUAGUGGAAGAUGAGGGUUUCCGAGAGUUUUGUGACGCUGUGGGUUAUACUUUGCCCAGUAGAAAAACACUCAGUAAAACUUUACUUCCUGCCAAAUAUUUAGAGACUCUAAAUAAAACUAGAGAAAUUAUGGCAACCGCCGAAUCAGUAACAAUAACAACGGAUAUGUGGUCAUCAAGGAAUACUGAUAGUUUUAUGGGGGUUACAGCUCAUUUUAUUAAUGAUGAAUUCGAACUUAAGUCAGUCCUUUUGGAAGUUUCUCUGUUCGAGGGAUCUCAUACAAGUGUUAAUCUAGCAAAUGAACUACGACGUGUAAUAACAGAAUGGGAUUUGCACAACAAAAUAUUUAUAGUUAUUACGGACAAUGCUGCAAAUAUAAAAAAAGCUAUAUUAGAAGAGUUGCAAUUAAAACAUUUGGGUUGUUUAGCCCAUACGAUUAAUUUAAUAGCUCAAGAUGGUCUAAAAUCCAUCGAGAGUUUAAUUGAAAAGAUUAAGCUUGUCGUUAGUUUGUUCAAGCGAAGUAAUUUAGCUAAAGAGAAGCUUGAUUGGUAUCAAAAGCAAAACGGGAAAGAUCCCAAAAAAUUAAUCCAGGCUGUUCCUACACGAUGGAACUCCGUUUAUUAUAUGCUGGAGAGAAUUGUCAACCUCAAAGAAGAAGUUAGAGCUUCCAUUGCGGUACUAGGAAAUGAAAAUGUUCCAUGUAUCACCAAUACUGAUUUUGAAGAAAUAAAUCAAUUAAUUAAAAUAUUAGGACCUUUAGAAUCUGCCACCAGAACAAUGAGUGGAGAAAAAUAUGUAACACUUUCGUCUGUAAUUAUUAUAGCAAAUAACUUACGAAAAAUAUACCAUCGUCUAGUUACCAAUCCAGGGACAUCAUUUGCCGAAAGACCGACUAAAGUUGUUGAAGUUAUCUUCAACAGUAGUCAGGUGAGAUUUAAAAAUUUUGAAAAUAGCAACAGUUUAAUUGUUGCAACAUUUAUGGAUCCGAGAUUUAAAAAUAUCGGUUUCUCAGAUGAAAGUGUUGCUGAGCGAGCAAAAAAUCUAGUCAUAAAUUUGCUGACUAAUGUUUUAGAAAAAAACUCAAAACAAACGGCAGCACCUACAGUAAAUCAAUUACAGGCUGAUGAUUCAUCUGAGGACGAGUUUUCUAUCUGGGGAGACUUUGAUAAGAAAGCCUCCCAUUUUAAACCUGCUGGUGGGAACAGCCGCUGUAAAGCAAUAAUGGAGGUGCAAAGAUAUAUUGAAGAACCUCUUCUACGCCGAAAAAACAACCCACUAACUUGGUGGAAAGACAAUUGGCACAAUUAUCCAAAUUUAAACGUAAUUGUACGUAACAAAUUUGGAACAGUAUCCACAUCUGUGCCAUGUGAGAGACUGUUUUCCAAAACUGGCGAAAUUUUAUCAGCCAAACGAAGCAGACUUUCGACGAAAAAGUUAAACAAAUCAUGUUUAUUAGGAGUAACUCCUAAGAAAACUUAA